UUUGUAUUGUCGUCAGAUUUGUGGUCAACCGCUGAGGUCUACCUUAAAAGCAGCUUUUUGCUCCACGCCAAGUUAAUGUCAAGCAUAGUGGCGCAAUAAUGCAGCCCGGGGUUUGCUGUUUGGAAUCCUACUGGAUCAUCUGCUGACCUGCUGUUCUCUCUGUCUACAUAUAUAUAUACACACACACACACACACACACACACGUCUUUCUGACUGCCUGUCUGUCGAUCUGCGCUUUAUCUACCGUAGCGCACAUUCCCGAUCAUCAGCAUCCAGAUCCAGUGCGCACUUUUGGCUCGGCUGAUCGCUCAGUGCGGAGUCGGUGUGGGUGGCGGCAGUGUGCCUGCGGGUCAGCGGCGGUGUUUAUGUUUUUACAGCUCAAGCUGCGGAGAGACUGAACAUCGCGAUUCAGCAAUACUGCUACCGAGGAGGUGGAUUCAGUCUCCGGGUUUUGUUUAGCGCAAAACAGAUCGUGAGCGCCAGUGAGGAGCGCACUUGAGGUUUGGGACGCAGUUCAGGAGAAACGCGCGUCAUGUAUCCGCACGGCAGACCGCAGGCUCCAUUGGUGCCAGGACAUGCAGGCAUAAAGUUUACAGUGUUGGAAACAUUGGACCACAUAAAAGAGGAGUUCCAGCUCUUCCAGGCCCAGUACCACAGCCUGAAGAUGGAAUGUGAAAAACUGGCCACAGAAAAGACGGAGAUGCACAGGCAUUACAUCAUGUACUAUGAAAUGUCAUAUGGGCUGAAUAUUGAGAUGCAGAAGCAGGCGGAGAUCGUAAAACGGCUCAGCGCAAUAUGCACUCAGAUCAUCCCGCUUCUGUCCCAAGAGCAUCAGCACCAGGUGGCUCAGGCGGUUGAGAGAUCUAAACAUGUGAGCAUGGCUGACCUAAAUGCCAUAAUAGGGCAACAGCAACUCCAGCACCUUUCCCAUCAUGCAUCAGGAUUCCCGCUUACUCCACAUCCAUCAGGCUUGUCUCUCGGAGUAGGGGCGGGUCUCAUGGCCCUCCCAGGAACUUUUUCUUUUCCACCACAACUGCUGCCUAAAGAUGACAUCAAUCACCUGGAACCUGUGGAUCCUAGAGAUGGAUCACUGAACAGGAGUUUUGCAGACUCAGCAGUGAUUAGCCAGUCGAUGGGCCAGAGGUUGCCUCUGUCUUUAGCAUGUCAACCUGAUUCAGGACCAGACAGCAAAAGAAGUAGUGCAGAUGGAAAAUCCAGCGUUCACACACCCCGGGACAGCGAGGUGGAGAAAAAUGAGGACAGUCUGAAACGGGACAGCACUAAAGAGAAGAGCGUAUCACCAGCUGCAGUGUCUCCCAGGUCCGCUGAUGGGAACGGAGUGGACAGCAGGAACUCGUCCAGAGAAACCCGUUCACCAUCUUCUGCCUUCCCCCACACAUUCACCCCCAAUCAACGUAAAAGCCCCACUCAGGAGAAACCAUGCUCUCGUUCUCCAUCUCCACUGUGUGAUCCUUCAUCUCCUGCACCUCCAGCACCUCCUCCUGCUCUUCCUCUGUCCUCCCCAGCAUGUGCUCCCUCUCCUCCUGUCCAGCACUAGGACCCACUCCAUUAUAUGGAGUGAGACGGGUGGGAGAUAAAGUGGCCCCUUUGACACCCACCUGACACAGCAAACACUGGCUCCGUCCCACGACGGGUUUGGGCACCGGGUGCCUUAAGAGGGAUCUGUGUUUGCCCACUGACUCUGGGAGCUGUACAGAAUCUGUGUUUAACCAACUGCAGGACCGCCUCCAAGGCGCAGCUUAAUAAGCCAAUCAAUUAGCUGUUACAGUGACUGACAGGUCGAUCAGCCAAUCAUGCAGCUGGAAUGCUGGGGCAAAGCUAAGCAAUACGUGAGAGCAGGUCCUGCCGACCCCUUCCAAACAAGGCAAACUCAACCAAACACAGAAAUUCAUUUAGACCCUUCAAAGAUUUUAGUCGGAGAACUUUUUAGACUGCUGCUAGCUAAUGGGGAGCAGAUCUGCUGAAUAAGGACAGAGCUUCGUUGGUAGAUUAUACACUCACUGUGCACAGUUAGAAUCUGUCAUUUUUACAUUCCUCACAGCCAUGAUCCCACAGAGAAAUGAGGAAGAUGGAAGCUGCAUUGUUUAAGGGCACAACACUGCCAACAGCAGACACGUUGUAAUGCAACUCGGUAGUGAUUUUUGUGGAAGAACUAAGACGGGACUUUUUUUUGGCUUAUUAGUGUGAAAAUAAAGUUCUGUGGUAGUAACAGUUGAUUUGCAGCACCUGCAGUGUGAAUGUAACCAUUUUUAAGAACAAUCCGGUAUUAUGUUUAUUUGUGAUUUAUUGAGAUGCAUUCAUGUUUCUGAAGAAAAGAGAUUCAGCUAUUUUUUUUCUACACCAGGGCUUUACAUUAUUGUUAAGUAGUUUAAGUUAUUGGUUUCUUGAUUGGAAGGUUGCUGAUUGGAGCCCCAUUUCCAUGUUAUCACGGUUGGCCCCCUGAACAAACCUUCAGUUGCUUGGAUUGUAUUUGGUCUGAACUUGCUUGCGUCUGCUAAAUGUCAUCAACGCAAAAUACAAUGCAAGUGACCCUCUUGUUCAUUUAACAGUAUGUCCACUAGGGGGCAGGAGUAUUAAAUCUACUCUGCUUAAAAAACACAAAGGGGCAUGAUGCCCGACUCAUCAUGAUCUAUCAUAUUAAAGCCAGUAUGAGAGGCAUCAGCUGGAUUGCUUGCAGAAAAAUAUGUAAUCAUGUCAGACUGGGGUUUUACGGAGGAGGCUGUAAAUCACAAAGUCUGUGUUGGGACAAUCGCCAGCAUUUUUACAUACCAGAAACCAGCAUCAGGUGAUCUACACAGACGAGAUUGGUUGAGAUGGACCUACCGGGACCUUGACCAGGAUAAAGCAGUUGAUGGAAAUAAAAUGAAUCAACAGCACAGCAGCUACCAUAAUAGACAGAAUGGGUUUAUACACUGUAUAGCCAAAAGUAUGUAUACACACACGACCAUGAGGUUGUUGGACAUUCAUUAAAAAAAAAAAGCAUUAAUCUGAAAUUUCGGCCUUAACAGCCUUUCCACAAGAUUGUGACAGUAAGAAUUUUUGGCUAUUUGGUUAAAAGGAAUGGUAAACGAUAUUCUAAUGAAUUACAAAAGUGUUCAAUGGGUUGAGAUGAGAGUAUUGUGCAGACUACUGAAGUUCCUUCAGACCAAUAUCUUAAUGAACCUUACUUUGUGCAAUUUAAAAACCUAUUAGCAAUGAUGAUGGCUAAUACACCCAAACUCAAUAAAUAAAAGGGGUGUCCACAUACUUUUGGUCAUAUAGAAUGUAAACACAUUUUGGCAUAUACCAUUGAACAUGAGACAAUAAACAUUUGACAUCA